CGCACAAACAAACCACAGAAUAAACUACAGACUACCUGACCAUGACGGCCCAAGGAAAGCGCAAGAAGCAGAGCACAGCAUCAUCCGUCAAGGACAUUCCAGAUGAUACAGCAACCAUUGCCAGCAAUUUCUCCGAUGACGGCCACGAAAGCGCCCGCAAGCGACUCAAGCAAGCGACCCAUGAAGAAAUCAAAGCGGCUGUGCAGAACGUGACAAACGCUACACCGAAUAAUGGACCAGUGACGGAGCAGGCAGAGCGAUGGUAUCACAUUAAUGACCCACCCACCGAUCGUCCUGUUCGUGUAUACGCAGACGGCGUCUUUGACUUAUUCCACCUUGGGCAUAUGCGACAAUUGGAACAAGCGAAGAAGGCUUUCCCAAAUACCUACUUGCUUGUUGGAUUACCCAACGACCGCGAGACACAUGCUCGUAAAGGGUUGACGGUCUUGACCGAUAAGGAGCGUGCAGAGACCUUGAGGCAUUGCAAGUGGGUCGACGAGGUGAUUGAAGAUGCGCCCUGGUGCAUCACAACGGAGUUUGUGGAAGAACACGAGAUUGACUUUGUUGCGCAUGAUGAUUUGCCGUAUGCAUCAGUGGACUCAGAGGACAUCUAUGACCCGCUUCGCAGAAUGGGCAAGUUCUGGCCUACUCAGCGUACAGAAGGAGUAUCGACAUCUGACAUCAUUACGCGGAUUGUCAAGAACUACGACCAGUAUGUCAUUCGCAAUUUGUCUCGUGGUGUGGAUAGACGCGAUUUGAAUGUCAGUCUGCUCAAGAAGCAUGAGUUGGACUUCCGCAGGCACGCUCAAGAGCUGCGCGAAGCCAUCAAGGCAAAUUGGACCAAGAAUGCGCAUUUGAAGGAUGAUCUGCGCAGUCUGUUGUCUAAUUCCAGACCCGACAGUGUGCCUGGAUCACCAAGAACUCCAGCAGCAAGCUUUCUGGACGGCGUCAAGCAGUACUGGACUGGGUCGCGCAAGUCGAGUAUGCCAGAAGACCUUGAUAAGGCGCCUCGAUCACCGAGCCCUGUUGAGCUUGGCAAGUCAUCGCUUGACCUCGAAAAGACCAGUACAGAGACUCUCAUGUGAGAGAUGUCAAUUUGCGUAUGUCCCCAGCUGUAGCCUUUCCUUUAGAAUGCCUGAUCCUAGCAAAUGUCCC